AUGCGCCUUCUUGGAGGAGCUUCCGGCGACGACUACGCGACCGAUUUUCAGUACGGCAUGACCACGAAGGUGCCGAAUGGAGUUGACGGGAUCAGUGAGGACUACCGUAUCGACAGCUUCUUCGACUUUGGUAAACUCCAUAAGGACGGGCCGAUUAUGGUGCCUGAAGCGAACGGGUAUAUGGUGUUCGGGCAGAGUCCAUCUUCAUCGCCAAUCCUCUCCGACUCUCCAAACGAGCAGUUUCUGCUAGAGCAGAACGAGCCGGAGCUGCAGAAUGGGAAGCCGAUGCAGACCGUUGGGUGCACCGGAUGCAAGAACGGCGCCAACGCCAACCAUUUCUGCAAGGAUUGCUCGCACUUCCUGUGCGAGAACUGCACCACCGCCCACACCAUCAUGCAUUGCUUUGCCGGGCAUCAAGUCGAGGCGCUGGCCGCCCCGAACGGGUAUCAUGCUCCGCGGAACGGGAUGAUGAACGGCAAUGUCACCCCGCCUGGACUCACACUCCAGAAGACCAGUGGGAUGACGCUGUGCCCAACGCACAAGCAAACCGCGAUCACCCACUUCUGCUGCAGGUGUGAUGUGGCUGUCUGUGUCGAGUGUGUACAUCAACAACACAACGGACCCUUCCACAAUGUUGAGGAAAUCGAGAAGGUUGUUGAUCAACAACUCGAAGACAUCAAUGUCCUCUACAAGGCCGUCCUCUCCAAGCAGGCCCGCUUCUCCGAUUUCCACAAGGACAUCGACAACGCCAACCAGAACCUCCUCUAUGAUCUCCAAACCGCGAAGGAGGCCGUCGAUGGCAACGUGAAGAAGAUCCACGCUGUGCUCGAGGAGCGCCGGGCCGCUCUCCAUGACCAUCUGGACAGCGUCUAUGCCGAGAAGAAGGGAGAUAUCGAGCGUGUCGACAAGGGAAUGCAGGAUAUCAUGCAUCGUGUCGAUCAGACACUCGAGUUCUGCCAGCGUCUCUUCAAGUUCGCCAGCCCAUCCGAGAUUCUGGUGUUCAAGCAACUGCUGGAUACCCGUCUCCGUUUGUUCCUAGUCUACAAUCCGGACAACCUGAACAUUCUGAAGACUCCGCUGGAUGCUGAGGUGUUGCCGGUCGACCCUCUUCAAACCAGACAGUAUAUCGGAGAGAAUUUGGCCGUCAGGAAGCCGACUUGGUCUCACGGGGCUGGGCCCAAUAUUCCGUCAUCGGUUGCGACCUCGAUUCCGAGUUCCUUGCCCUCGACGUUGUCGUCGGGAAUGGGACGUCCGCCAUCAGUCAACUUGGAGCAGACUCCUUCCUCGUAUCCGGCCGGAUUCAUGCCGAUCGGGCUUCACGGGAACCCUUCGAUGUUGGCGAUGCAGAACAGUUUGCCGUCGCUUGGAUCUUCGGCCCCGACCAAUGGGUACAUCUCGAACCUCGACAAUCCGAGUUCGAUCAUGCGUGCCAAUGCUUCGCUCAGCCAUCUUGAUGCCGAGAAUGAGAACGAGGGACCAAACCCGUUCGCUCCGUUCAGCGAGAGCAUCCCCAACCAAUACCCAAAGUGGUCAUCUGCCCUCGAGCCGAGCCUCGGUGUCGUUGAGGGACCUGACCUUGCUGAUGUUGACAAGGACAGUGCAGCCUACUUGCGUCAACGCUCGGGCAUGAAGCGCAUGAAGAUGGUCUACCAUUGCAAGUUCGGAGAGUUUGGCGUCAUGGAAGGCCAAUUCACCGAGCCGUCCGGUGUUGCUGUCAAUGCCCAGAACGACAUCAUCGUGGCUGACACCAACAACCACCGCAUCCAGGUCUUCGACAAGGAAGGGCGCUUCAAGUUCCAAUUCGGAGAAUGCGGCAAGCGCGACGGGCAGUUGCUCUACCCCAACCGUGUUGCUGUCAACAAGAAAACGGGUGAUUUCGUGGUCACGGAACGCUCACCCACUCACCAGAUUCAGGUCUACAACCAAUACGGGCAAUUCUUGCGCAAGUUCGGCGCCAACAUCCUCCAGCACCCGCGUGGUGUCUGCGUCGACAGCAAGGGGAGGAUUAUUGUGGUUGAAUGCAAGGUGAUGCGCGUCAUCAUCUUCGACAUGUUCGGCAACAUCCUCGGCAAGUUCAGUUGCUCUCGCCACCUUGAGUUCCCCAACGGCGUUUGCACCAACGAGAAGAACGAGAUCUUGAUCUCGGACAACCGCGCUCACUGCGUCAAGGUCUUCUCGUACGAAGGUGUCUUCCUGCGCUCAAUCGGUGGAGAAGGGAUCACAAACUACCCGAUUGGCGUCGGCAUCAACUCGAGCGGUGACGUUGUGGUGGCCGACAACCACAACAACUUCAACCUGACCAUCUUCCACCCGGAUGGUACCCUCGUCGGAGCCCUCGAAAGCAAGGUCAAACACGCGCAAUGCUUCGACGUGGCUCUUCUCGAUGAUCAUUCUGUAGCUCUAGCCUCCAAGGACUAUAGGCUCUACCUUUACCGUUUUGUCCCCUUGCCGCAGCAC